UUAUUUAAUAUUUUAACUCAGGCAUGCAGCUGACGCGUGUCAAGGUCAGGUAUAUACAAAUAGACCGAAUAUAAUUGGGCUCAUAUUAUCGGCAUAACGAACUUUGGAUUUAUACUGCUUGUAAACAACGAACAUGGCGGGACGUUUCGUUGUUGUAUCCGUAGCAAUACUAUUUUUGCCACAAUGUAUGCCUUCUCCUAUAGACUGCCGGAGAGCUAGCCCGGAUGUGAUGGUAUUCGAAGUUUUACCCGGAGGAGGGUGGGACAACUUGAAAAACGAAGACCGCGCUAGAAUCGUCUUUUACAAUUAUUCGGACUGUGGAAUGACUGAGGAUGGCCGAUAUUUUAUCCCAGACAAUGUUUUCGUUGUUCCCGAAAAAGCCAGUCAAGUCAAAAUUUACUCUGAGCGAAUUGACCAUUGGAUGAAUUUUACUUCAGCCACAUCAAAAACAAUCAACGUUGGAGGUCAAGCAAAGGUGGCUGGAUUGUUUUCAAUCGGAGGGAAGUUUUCAUCGGAAUACGACGAGGUAAAGAGUAACCAGGUUAACGACAACUCGUUUACUCAGAGAACCGGGGCUCGAUAUGUUCGCUACACAUCUAAAAUCCAACCAAACCCUGUUCUUGAUCAUGGAUUCCGCUCCAAGAUCCUGUCUAUCGCCAAUCACCAUUUGAACGGAAGGAAGAGGUACGCAAGGUAUGAAAGUCAAUUACUAGUCAGGGACUUCGGCACCCAUGUGAUAACCAGCAUUGAUGUUGGUGCAUCUAUUUUCAAAGUUGACCAGUUGAACAACUCAUUGUCCACAAGCUCUAAACUAACCAGAUCGCAAAUCUCUGCUAUAGCGGGAAUUUUUUUCUUUGGCAAAGGAGCAGGAAUUGGCCAUACGUCAACUGUCACUGACCAAAUGAUCCAGCAGUAUGCCACCAGUCAGACCCAUUCCACGAUCUUCACGUACGGUGGACAGCCCUACAAGCCUGUUAACUUCAGUAUCAACGACUGGGUGGAUACGAUAGGGAACGACUUGGUGGCGACCGACAGGUCGGGGGAUCCGCUGCACUUCUUAAUUACAAAAGAACAGUUCCCAGAAAUGCCGGACUCGAUUCGAGCUCAAACACAUGAUUCUAUUGAGGCUGCUAUAUCGGCUUACUACAGAUUUAAUACGUAUAAGGGCUGCACAGACAUUAAUUCGCCCAACUUUAACUUCAAUGCUAAUAUUGACGAUGGAACUUGUCAACCACCAGGCAAAAACAUGAGUAUUGGCGGUUUAUACCAAAACUGUGUGUUCACUGGUGACACCGAUAACUUAUGCGAUGAUCUAACCUUAAAAAACAAGAAAACUGGGGAUUUUAACUGUGGCGAAGGUUACAAAUCGACAUUACUUUACCAGGGUAAUGUAACCAAGACCGAAAUUCGACAAGAAUGUGAGAGUUACAUGGUUUUCUGGAAAAAGUGCCAUGAUGUCGUUUAUAGGGGCGAAGCGUCGUAUUCAACGUAUUGGUGCUCUGCACAUGCGGGCGAGGCCCCGCCAAAUUCGGGGUUUCUUUUUGGCGGAAUUUUUACCAAAACCGUCUCAAACCCUGUCACCAAGUCCCAGAGCUGUCCGCCCUAUUACCAGCCCACAAUGAUAACCUCGGAUAUGUUUGUUUGUCUGUCUGACGACUUUGAACUUGGGCAGAGAUACUCUAUUCCAUUCGCUGGUUUCUUCAGUUGCCAAGAGGGAAAUCCCCUUUCAAACCAGUAUUUCUCGCCGACAUUUACGUCCAAGUCGUGCCCCGGGGGAUACAGUCAACAUAUCGGAACUAUUGAGGAUGAGUGUGAGAUCAACUACUGCACCCUGGCCAAUUCUUUCUUCGGACAAACAGCAAUGCCCGUACGUUUCCCGCCAUUUGUUCACAAACCCAAUGAAUGGAACGCAACUGGAAAUUACAUAAUAAGUGACGAGGGUCAGAGUUGGAGCACGGUGUUUGAAGUGCCAGAUAAUUUCAGUGGAUUUAAUGUUGAAGACAAAGGCUGGAUUGUAAACUCCGGUGAUACGCUCAACGUUCAAAAUCUUCUGGACAAAAGAAACAAGAAACACGGAGAGUUGUAAAAAUAACAAAUCCUUCAACUUUUUUUGAAUUUUUGAUAAUUAAUUUUUAAAUCAUUAUGCUUGAUGUGAGUUUUAUAUUUUAUAUAAAGAAUUGUUUUAUUGUUUGAAAAUGAUUUUGUUGCCUAAUUCCAUGAAAUAAAUAAACUUCAAGUUGACAUAA